ACAGCUAUUUUGAAAUUGGUUUAAGUAAUUUUUAAAGAGAAAAGUUACAAAUUCGUUGACUCCAGGUUCUCUAUGACAACACAAUAAACUGCAUACCUUUGUGUUGUGCUCAGGAGAUUUGUCAUUUUGGGCUUUUGAUCUACAUUUUCGUAAUUUUCUGUCUUUUUGUACGCUAAACAACUGACUUAAGUAUUUGACAGUGAAAGUAAAAGUGAGUUGCAGCUUUAAUUGUGGUUUAUGCAUUGACUUGCAUUGGCCAGAUUCCAUAAAUGGUAUGUUUUUUAAUGUGCAUAUUUAUUAACAUAUUUUUAGAUGUAUUUUCCCUUAUUUUUUUGUAUUUUAAGUUGAUAAAUCCCCAAACAAGCGGUGUUCGUUGGGUUCAUGCAUUUAUCGACGUGCUCUGUUUGUGAUAUGAAAAUAAGAAACAUUUGGCUGCACUCUGAUUGGCCCAAGGCGCCGUCAGUCACACAAAAGCUGGCUCUGAUUGGUCAGCGUCACGUUUUUUUGUGGGAGCUGAAUUUGACAGGAGGAAGUAGCGACGCAAGAAGCGAGAGGCUCAUUUCGGGGGGUUUACGUGACAUAAAAUAACACCUGUGAUGUGAUGCCGUCGAAAUUCAAGACGAGGAAGGAUAUGCCUUAAUGUAUUUCAUACCUGAGGCCAGCAUCAGUCGGUCGACCUCUCGCCCAUACGUCAUCCAGAUGAGGAAUGCUGGGAGCAUGCAGCCCGUGUACAGGCGAGAUGCUGGAGUCUGGCACCAAACGCGAAGCCUCCUCUACAAGAAUUUGCUCAUCAAGUGGAGGACCAAGCAACAGAGCCUUCAGGAAUUGAUCCUACCUCUGCUACUGUUGGGUCUCCUGAUACUCAUCAGCACCUUGAAUCCCCACGUUUACUAUGGAGGCAUCAACACGACGGAGCUGGAGCCCGACAACCCCUUCUUCAAGGGCCUGGGCUACACACCGAUUACUAACGUCACCAACCACAUCAUGGAGGAGGUGGCUCAGGAGAUGCACAUGCAGGAUCGCCUGGAGAUGUUUGCCAGCGAGGAGGAUCUGGAGAACGCCAGUCUGUACGAGCCGUCCAGCUACGUUGGUGUGGUGUUCAUGGACAGCUCGGCCACGUCUUACAGGCUGCGCUUCCCGUACAACCAGCUGCCUCUACCCAGCGAUUACACAGAAUCUAUCGCCAACUGCUUUACGAGCUCGGUGAACUGCAGGGCGGCUAACUACUGGUACUCCGGUUUCAUCCGCCUCCAGUCGCUGAUCGACGCAGCCAUCAUCCAGAUGCAGACAAAGCGUUCGGUGUGGAGCGAGAUGGACCUGAAGGUGGUGAUGAUGGGUCAGCCGGGCUCUGUGGAGGUGCAGAAGUUCCCCCACGCCCUCAUCUCCAUCUACCUGGUCCUGGCUUUCACGCCCUUCGUCACCUUCCUCAUCGUCAACGUGGCGGCUGAGAAGGAGCAUCGCCUCAAGGACACCAUGACCAUGAUGGGGCUUUACGACACAGCGUUCUGGUUAUCGUGGGGGCUCCUGUACGCUGCUCUGGUGACCACCAUGUCCAUCCUGAUGGCCGUCAUCGCCACGUUCACGGCGCUUUUCCCGAACAGCGACUUCUUUGUCAUCUUCUUCCUCAUCUUCCUCUACGGAAUAUCAUCUAUCUUUUUCUCCUUCAUGCUGACGCCGUUAUUCAAGAAGCCCAAGUUUGCCAGCACAGUGGGCUCCAUGCUGACGGUGGUGUUUGGCUGCCUGUCCCUGUUCACUGUGCUGAUGAAGGACUUCCCACAGCCGCUGGUCUGGCUCCUCUGCCUGCUCUCCCCCAGCGCCUUCUCCAUCGGGAUUGCACAGGUGGUUUACCUGGAGGCACAAGGGGACGGAGCUGUGUUUUCAUCUUUGACCAACGGCCCUCAUCCUCUAUACGUGCCCCUGCUAAUGCUGGUUCUUGACUGCGUCCUUUACCUUCUGUUGGCUAUCUACCUGGACCAGGUGCUGCCUGGCGAGUUUGGAAUGAGGCGGUCCUUGGUGUACUUCCUGAAGCCGUCCUAUUGGUCCAAGCGCAGGAAGCGCUACGUCGAAGUGAGCUCGGUGUACGACGCGGAGGUGAACGGCGCUCCCGGUGCGGACGAGUCAGUCGAGCCGGUUUCGCCCGAGUUCAGAGGGAAAGAAGCCAUCCGCAUCAAUAACAUCCGGAAAGUGUACAAAGAGAAGGACGGCAUUGUGGAGGCUCUGAGAGGUUUGACAUUCGACAUCUACGAGGGUCAGAUCACAGCUCUGCUCGGACACAGCGGCGCUGGAAAGUCCACCCUCAUGAACAUCCUGUGCGGCAUCUGCCCCCCCACCAACGGGACGGCCACCAUCUACGGCUCCCCCGUGGCGGAGAUAGCGGACGGGUCAGAGAUGAAGCAGCUGGUGGGAAUCUGCCCUCAGUUCAACAUCAUCUUUGAUGUGCUGACCGUAGAGGAGCACCUGAGGAUAUUCGCUGCCAUCAAAGGGAUCCCACCUGCAGACAUUGAUGCUGAGGUUACCAAAGUGCUGAAGGACCUGGACUUGGAGAAGAUCAUGACAGCUCAGGCCAAGAAUCUGAGUGGAGGCCAGAAGAGGAAGCUCUCUGUGGGCAUCGCCAUCCUCGGAGAUCCCAAGAUCCUGUUGUUAGAUGAGCCCACGGCCGGCAUGGACCCCUGCUCCAGGCACCAGGUCUGGUCUCUGCUGAAGAGCCGCCGAGCCGGCAGAGUGACUGUACUGAGCACACACUACAUGGACGAAGCCGACAUCCUCGCUGAUCGCAAAGCUGUGAUCUCCCAAGGACAGCUCAAAUGUGUCGGCUCGUCUCUGUAUCUAAAGACCAAGUGUGGUGUCGGAUACCAUCUCAGAAUGUCUAUCAACGAGGGGUGUGAAGCUGAAAAGAUCACGUCUUUGGUGAAGCACCACGUUCCCAGAGCAAAGCUGGCCCGACAGCACGAAGCAGAGCUGACUUACACUCUGCCUUUUGAGAGCAUGGACACGUUUCCAGGCUUGUUCUCCGAGCUCGACGGUCAGCCCAACCUGGGUAUAGUCAACUAUGGCGUUUCCAUGACAACGCUAGAAGAUGUCUUCCUUCGUUUGGAGGCCGAGGCUGAAGUGGAUCAAGCUGACUACAGCGUGUUUAAUCGGGAGCAGGCGGAGGACGAGUGCGACAACGCCUCCAUCGACGACACAGACCAGCGGCUGCUCACGUUCUCGGACGGCAAGUCGGACGUGGUGUCGGGUCACGCUCUGUGGCGGCAGCAGUUCAGCACCGUGGCGUGGCUGCACAUGCUCAACAUGCGCCGGGAGAGGAAGGCCUUCGUUUACACUCUGGCCUUGUUCCUGGUGUUCGUCGCUGCCGUCCUCGUCCUGUCUCUGGCCACAGGAAACAUCCAGAUUCACUCCUCAGACCGCCAGUUUUCACCCAUUUACCUCCUCAGAAGGCACCAGGCGCCCCGCAGAUACGCCACCAGCCUCCUGGUGCAGAACUCUUCAGGUUCUGAUAUUUCUGACUUCAUCCACAACCUGGAAUUGCAGGAUAUCAGAGUGGAAAUGAUGAAACACAGCGACUAUAUGUCCGCAGCUCCCCACAGCGCUGCCAUCAACGUAACCGGAUCCAGCAAGGGUUUCAGGUACAGCGUCGCUUUUAACAGCACCACAGUUCACUCCUUACCGAUGGCGGUGAACAUACUGAGCAACGCUCUUCUGCGAGGUUUAAAUGGUUCUGGACACAUCCGAACAUGGACCAAACCUUUUGAUUAUCAAAUCCCAGACGCUACUUCCUACGCUCUGGUGUACAUCGAGGCGAUCAUACUGGGAAUGCUGGCUGCUGGAAUGCCUGCGUAUUUUGCAAUGGACCACACUCGAGACCGAGAGAUCAAGUGUCGCUCCACCCUUCGUAUCUCCGGUCUGGUACCGUCGGCCUACUGGUGUGGCCAGGCGGCGGUGGACAUCCCCUUCUACUACCUCAUCCUGUCCUGUAUGACCAUCAUCCUCUUCUCCUUCCACACUGGAAACCUGCUCACCUCCAGCAACCUCACCGCUGUGGUCCUCUGCACCGUGGGCUUCGGUCCAGCCAUGAUCCUCUUCACGUACGUGUUUUCUUUUGGCUUCGCUCGAGUCCAGAGCAACAGGGAUUUCUUCUCUGUCAUCUCCAUGAUGGUGUGUGUGGUGUCGGCCUCCGUGGUUCAGCUGUCCUUCAUGAACGACAGCCCCGGGCUGACGAGGAACCUGCACAACAUCCUGUGUUUCUUCAACCCUCUGUAUCCUCUCAUGGGCUGCCUCAACUGCAUCACCAAGGCGACCUUCCUUCCUUCUCUGUAUGAGGAGAACUUCUUGUGGAAGAACCUUCUCAUUUCAGUUGUAGCUCCGUAUCUCCAGUGCAUCAUUCUGCUUUUCCUGCUUCGCUGGCUGGAGAUCCAUUACGGAGGGAGGACGAUGAAAAACGAUCAGUUCUGCAGGAUCUCGUCUCAGCCGAAGCCCAAAGUGGAGAGAAACCCAGAAGAUGGUCUGAAUGAGGAUGAGGAUGUUCAGAUGGAGAAGGCCAGAGUGAAGGAGGCCCUCACCUGUCAGUCCUGUGAAGAGAAACCAGUCGUGGUCGUGAGCAACCUGAGGAAGCAGUACAAGGGCAGAAGAGAAGGUUUUUCUUUGAGCAAGAGGAACAAAGUGGCCACAAAAAACGUCUCCUUCUGUGUUCGUAAAGGUGAAGUUCUUGGACUGUUGGGACCCAACGGAGCUGGAAAAAGCACCGUCAUGCACAUGUUGUCGGGUGACACUGACCCCACUGCAGGCCAGGUGCUGAUGGGAGACUACAGUACCGAGUUUCGUCCCGUGGACAGUCCUCUGGAACACGUGGGCUACUGUCCACAGGUGAACCCACUGUGGCCCAGGAUCACUCUGCAGGAACAUCUGGAGAUCUACGCCGCCAUCAAAGGCCUGAAAGGACAGGACGUACCAGGAAUCAUCAAACGUGUUGUGAACGCUCUGGAGCUGAAGGAUCAUUUGAACAAACAAGCCAAGACUCUGUCGGCAGGACUGAAGCGAAAGCUCUGCUUUGCCUUGAGCAUGAUCGGGAAUCCUCAGAUUGUCUUACUGGAUGAACCGUCAUCGGGGAUGGAUCCCAAGUCUAAGCAGCGCAUGUGGAGGGCCAUUCGUGCUGCAUUCAAGAACCGCCAGCGAGGAGCCGUCCUCACCACACACUACAUGGAAGAGGCCGAGGCCGUGUGUGACCGUGUAGCCAUCAUGGUUUCUGGCCAGCUGAGAUGCAUCGGCUCCAUCCAGCAUUUAAAAGGGAAGUACGGCCGAGGCUACAGUUUGGAGGUGAAGCUCAGGGAGGAGCUGACGGGGCUCCAGCAGGUGGCGCUGCUGCACAAGGAGAUCCUCCGAAUCUUCCCUCACGCUGCCCGGCAGGAGAGCUUUGCCACUCUGAUGGUUUAUAAGAUCCCCAUGGAGGACGUCAAAUCACUGGCCAAGUCUUUCUCUCAGUUAGAGAGCGCCAAGCAAACCUUCAACUUUGAAGAGUACAACUUCUCCCAGUCGACUUUAGAGCAGGUGUUCAUGGAGUUCGCCAAGGAGCAGGAGAACGAGGAGGACGAGGUGGGCUCCCUCAGCACGACUUUCCAGUGGCAGCGUUUGCGUCAGGACGGCUCCGUCUCCGUCAACCACACAGACAGCAUCGUGCACCAGCUUUGAGGCGAGAGGAAGCGACCGGUCCGUCCCGACCUGACCGGCUUCAGCGUCUGAGGGCUCACGCCAGCACUCGCCCGCUCCACGCAAACCCCGACGCCCACCGCCCUUUACAGUGAACGAGACGGACGAUGGUGGGGUCGGCGUACACUGGGACCGACUGAGUGUUGGGGCUCAGGGCUGCUCUGGCCUCUUUUUGUGGGUCCGAGGCGUGCAUGUUGUGUAACCCUCGUCCACUGGUGCUCCGUGUUUUCUGACCGACCGAGGGGCCUGCAGUCUGUCUCCACACGCCGACGCGACACUUUACUCCUCUUUCUGAUGGUGUUUUUUUUUUUUUAUCUUCACAGGGAGUCAGUGAAUGGGGGGGGAAAAAGAAACCGUAUAAAUAAUAUCUGAUAUUUAUGCUUUGUAAUCCUUCUCAUCCGUUCUCCUCAGCAGGAGUAAGUGUGUUUGCUCGUCUCUUCGGAUGUUUCCGUCUGUUGUUUGUGAAAGUUUUUAAAUGAUUUUUUUUAAAGCACUACCAGAACUGGAAUCCAUCCAUGAUCGUACCAAAGCAGCACAUCUCUGAACCACACACUACCACACCUCUAUCACAUAUAGACACUGAGAAGUACCUUUUUUUUGUUGUUUUUAGUGUCGGUAGCAUGUGCGAAAAUAGUUCUAUUAUCGACAUGGGGCAGUGGAGUUAGCGCGUAGACGCUAACAGUCUUUGGACCUUUAAAGAAAGCACAUUUUUUUUCUCUGAGAUUGAAGAAAAGAAUCGUUUCUCCUCAUUUACACAUCCAAACCCGCAUUUAAGCCACAUUCUUCAGAGCUGAGUGUUGGAAUGAGGGUUUUUGGAUAGAAGAUAUUCGCCCCCCGUUGCCUUCCUCUCUGCGGGUUUAGCGUAGAACCCAUAGUUUGGGAUCGUAGAGUAGAAUAUGCACACCAGUACAUGUAGCACACGAAGAGGUCGAAGCUCGAGGCCACAUCCAGGAGCCGUUUUCUCUCUCAGCUGGGUUUUACGAGGAUUUUUGAUAACAGAUUUUGAAUGUACGUUGGGCCCCCAGGCGAGAGGAGGGGUUUGUAAACUUGGUGACUUUCCCGACGUCACUAAGUUUCACUUUGGUGCCACUUUUUGAUCACGCAGCUGUGUUUAGUUAACUCCUAUCUAGCUUAAUCGGUGUGUGUUUGUUUGUUGUGCUGUGAAUAUUCCGUGUUUCUGCAUAAUCAGAUAUUUGUAUUGGGGUGUGUUGUUGGUGCAACGCCCAUCAGCAAACCGAUAAAUUGUAAUUUUUUCAUGACAUUCAGGCAAGCGGAAGUUCGUUUAAAGGGAAUUUAAAAAAAAAAAAAACUUUUAAUGAGAAAUCCUGUCGGGUUGAGUUUUAUUUCCUUCAUCGACCUGAGAGCGCCUUACUGUGUGACAGCUGGUUCAGGGGUGGACAAAGCAACAGGGACACGCAAAAACCCAACGCAAACUCUGGCGCAGCAAUCGACAUUAUCCAUGUGAUGAUAUCGAAUGGAAUCACAGGUUUGGCAUCCACCUCUGCAGGAUAAAAAUGUUCUACUUGUCAUUUACCAGCCUUGGAGCAGAAGCUGACACUUGAUUUUGAAAAUGAAUUCUAUUUAUUUCCUCUUGGGUGCACGGUGCAGAAACUUUCUAGCGGUGGGUUUUUUCAUUCAUGCACGAGGUGUCGGGGUUGAGUCACCUUCACGUGUUCAUGCAGUAGCUUCCUCUAAUCUGAAACACACUUUAUUUGCAGUUUUCUUUAUGUACGAUGUCAUAAUUUAUCAGCCUGGUUCGUGAAGCGUUUCAAGAGACAAGACAUGCACUCCACACAUCAGAACACUACACAGAAAGUGCUGAAGAACUGCAUUGUCGGGCAUCCUUUUAAAUGUGAAAACUCUAAAACCCUGUGGAGGUCUUUAUUUUUGUGUCUUUUUGCACACAGGUAGCCUCGUUCCCUCAAAGUAAAAAACACUGGCUCCGUUUUCGGUUGUGUGGUGAGUAUCGGUGGGUUCACUUUGGAGCGUCGCUUCAUACGCCGUCAUUCAUGUGCAUUUCUUUCUGUAUUCAUUUUCCCAAGUGCAAUGUUGGACAUUUGCUCGCAGAAGCAAACGUUUGUGUGUGUCCUGUCAGUUUCAGUGACAUGUAGCCAUCCAGAAAACAUCUGCUUCUUUUGCAUUUCUCCAACCCCUGCUUCCACUGCAGAAGACAUCAUUUAAAUUUAAAAAAAAACGACAAAAAACGUUGUCCGGCUCCGUGGAGAGUGGAGCGUUCAGACAGAUUGGCGUCGACAGCGGAGCAGGUUUCCUUUUAUUUUUCCUGGUGGUGGUAAAGUUGCACUAUUUCUGGGAAAUUUUAUAACCUUACUUUAUAUUAUGCAAUCUUUGUAAGAUUAUCUGUGCACUGAUUUUGUUUUUUAAAGACUGUGGUUUAGCUGUGUUUCCCUCUUGUCUCCCAUGUUCCCCAUGUCUGAAUGGACACUCUGUGGUCUCAACACGACCAUUUCAUGAUUAAAUGUUAAUCCAAAUCAUUUUUCUGUUUGUUCAACUUUACUUGAUUAAGUAAGAAACUAAGUGAAUGGUUUAUUCUGAACAAAAGCAGGAAACACUGGCAAUAUGUACACUACCGUUCAAAAGUUUGGGGUCACCGAGAAAUGUCCUUUUUUUUUUUUUUUAUUUAAAGAAAAGCUUUUUUUUUUUUUUUAAUGAAGAUAGCAUUAAAUGAGUGAUACAUCCAGUGUAGACAUUGCUAAAGUGGUAAAUGACUGUUCUAGCUGUAAACGGCUGAUUUUUAAUGGAAUAUCUCCAUAGGGGUACAGAGGAACAUUUCCAUCAACCAUCACUCCUGUGUUCUAAUGCUACAUUGUGUUAGCUAAUGGUGUUGAAAGGCUCACUGAUGAUUAGAAAACCCUUGUUUUUUUUACCUUUAUUCGUGUUAGUACAUGAAUAAAAGUGUGAGUUUUCAUUUAAAACGUGGAAUUGUCUCAGUAGAAAUCCCAGUAAAUCAGCAGUUUGUAAAACACUCAGACCAACAACCAUGUCAUGUUGAAAGUCACUUCAAUCCCCAUUCUUCCUCAUUCUGAUGCUCAGUUUGAACUUCAGCAGGUUGUCCUGAUCAUGUCUACAUGAAUAAAUGCAUGGAGUUGCUGCCAUA